UAGUUUUCUUGGCUUGGAAUUGAAGGGAUAUGAAUAGGUACGGCAGUUAGAACCACUCCCUAAUUUCCCCUUUCACUCACAGCUCGAUCCCUCACACUCUCUCAUGAUCGAGCUGGUGAUCUCUUGAUUCAUUCAUUUCUGAUCCCUCUCUCUCUCUCUCGAACACACACAAAUGAGUACUGGACUCACGGGCCUCCUUCGGUUGCUUUUGACUGGCGGCGCCACCACCACAUAAAUAAAGUCUUAGAAAAAGUCUCUCACCCUCUCACCCUCCCUCCACUUGUCAUCCACCACACUUCUCUAUUGCUCUUCUUCGAGAACUCCCAUCUCUCUCUCUCUUUCUCUCUCAUUAAUUCACAAAUUAACCACAACCAGUACUCCAACUAAAAACUAGGACCACUAUUGCCCCUUAAUUUUCACCAUACAAAUUACCCCCACAACAACUUCCACUACAAGAAUAAACUCCAACACGUACGUGCCUGACUACAUCCCUCUUAAUUCUAAUCUUAUCCCACUUCAUCCUCUUUGUCUCUGUGUUCCAAUAUCUCUUUCUUGGACUUUCUUUUUCUUCCUUCUUCCUUUCUUUUUCAUUUUAUUUUGUAUGGCUUUUGUUUUGGAACAUCCAGCAAACUUGAAGCACUUCUGCAAAAUUUGUAAGAAAGGUUUUGGAUGUGGAAGAGCACUUGGAGGGCACAUGAGGGCGCAUGGAAUAGGGGACGAGAACGGACACAUCGACGACGAAGACCCUGCCAGUGAUUGGGAUGACAAGCUCGGCGGCAACGUGCCCCCUAGCAACAAGCGCAUGUAUGCUUUGAGAACAAACCCAAAUCGGUUCAAGAGCUGCCGUGUUUGCGAGAAUUGCGGCAAAGAAUUCUUGUCAUGGAAAUCUUUUCUCGAACAUGGAAAAUGUAGCUCCGAAGACGCCGAGUCCCUCGUGUCAUCGCCUGGUUCAGAAGGCGAUAUUGAUGGCACAGGAUCAAGAAGAGGGUGCGGCGCCUGGUCUAAAAGAAAAAGAUCAUUUAGAGCGAAAGUGGAUAAUUUCAUGAAUUCGAAUUGCCCUUCUAGCGAGGAGGAAGACCUCGCAAAUUGCUUGAUGAUGUUAUCAAAUGCAGGCGUCGACCCUAUGGUGGCCGAGCCCGAGGAGUCUUGUGCUUCGGCCAGUAAAGAAGAUCAGGAGCGACGAAAUCCCAUGAAUUUCAUGGCUCCACUUUCGUUGAAGGUUCCUGUAGAUCAUCACAACAGCAAGAACAAGGGCGUGGCCAAAGGAUUGUUCGAGUGCAAGGCAUGCAAGAAAGUGUUUAACUCGCACCAAGCAUUGGGUGGUCACAGAGCCAGCCAUAAAAAAGUUAAAGGCUGUUUCGCCGCCCGGAUCGACCCUCACCACCACCACCUCGAUGAUAGUCAAGCCGAUGACGACGUGAUCUCGCACGAAGAAUUCUUCCCGACACAAUCAAACUCAACCCUACAAUUCGAUCAAGUUUCUAAUCCGCCAUUAAUGGCAUCCACAUCCAAGAGGAAAUCAAAGGUGCAUGAGUGCUCGAUAUGUCAUCGUAUUUUCUCGUCCGGGCAAGCGCUAGGGGGCCAUAAGAGGUGCCAUUGGAUUACAUCAAACGCACCCGAAACUUCUACGCUAGCUAAGUUUCAGCAGCUGCAAGAUCAGAUAGAUCAGCAGCAAAUAAUAAAUCCCAAGCCCAAGCCAGAUGAUGAUUCAGACUUGCUUGAUCUCAAGCUCGAUCUUAACCUUCCUGCACCAGUUAAUGAUCGUCACGAUCUUAGUGGGGCGCGGAGGGACGUCCAAAUAAUAAAGCCUCCAGGCCUCGGGAUUGGAGUUUCUACAGAGAUUUAUUUACAGCCUUGGCCGAUAGGUGCAAAAGAUCAAAGGGAAGAUAAUCACCAGCACCAACACCAACACCACAACCUCCACCACCGUCGAAAAGCAGACAAUGACAAUGACAACAUUGAUAACAACAAUAAUAAUAUCCAUGACAUGAUCAGUAAUGGUUCGAUACUACUGCCGAAUGUGGAUGAUGAGGCAGACAGUAAAGUGAAGUUAGCUAAGCUAAGUGAGUUGAAAGACAUGAACACGAGUGCGGGUUCCUCACCUUGGUUGCAGGUGGGGAUUGGUUCAACUACUGAUGUGGCAGCUGACCCAUAAGUUUUUGUGAAGCAAAGUGACGAUCAUCCUCUCCAAGUAAUUAUUCCAUUUUCAUUUUCUUUCUUCCUUUUCUAAUGUGUACGAAGAAACUGUAAGUAUAAACUCAAAUUAAUACUCGUAAUUACAGUGUUUUGUUUUUUCAUGUUCAUAAUUUAGUGUUUUUCUUGCUGAAAUUUUGGUGGGCCAAUGGGACUCGGGUCUGCAAAGCACAUACGAUUUUUUCUCAAUAAAAACAUAUUUCAUGAUUCC